ACCAGGAGUGCAGUACAGCUUAUUUUACAACAUCCUGAAAAGCGACAUUGUCAUCUAGCGUCUGUCAAGUGAACAGUCCACUGCGCCUGCGCGGUUAACCGGACAAGAUGGCGACCAGCAAUGGUGGAGGAAUGGAAGUGGAUGGGGCAGCCAGCCCCAGUGUCAUGGCCUCCGGGGUCACUGGGAGCGUGUCUGUGGCCUUACACCCUCUGGUUAUCCUUAACAUAUCUGACCACUGGAUACGCAUCCGUUCACAGGAGGGGCGACCAAUGCAGGUGAUUGGAGCUCUGAUUGGGAAACAAGAAGGUAGAAACAUUGAAGUUAUGAACUCCUUCGAACUGAUGUCUCACACCAUAGACGACAAAGUGCACAUUGAUAAGGAGUACUACUAUACCAAGGAGGAACAGUUUAAACAGGUUUUCAAAGAUAUGGAGUUCUUGGGUUGGUACACCACAGGCGGUCCCCCUGACCAGUCAGACAUCCAUAUCCACAAACAGGUGUGUGAGAUCAUUGAGAGCCCUCUCUUCCUCAAACUCAACCCAAUGACCAAACACACUGAUUGUCCUUCUCUCCCGCAGCUUCCUGUUAGCGUUUAUGAAUCUGUGAUUGACAUCAUCAGUGGCGAGGCUACCAUGUUGUUUGCUGAGCUGACAUACACAUUGGCCACAGAGGAAGCAGAAAGAAUUGGCGUUGACCACGUUGCUCGAAUGACAGCCACUGGCACUGGAGAAAACUCAACUGUGGCAGAACACCUUAUAGCUCAGCAUAGUGCGAUAAAGAUGCUCCACAGCCGAGUGAAGAUCAUUCUAGAGUACGUCAAAGCCGUGGAAGCAGGAGAGGUGCCAUUUAACCAUGAGAUCCUUCGAGAAGCAAACGCCCUGUGCCACAGACUGCCAGUCCUCAGCACCAUGAAAUUCAAGACAGACUUCUAUGAUCAAUGUAAUGACGUCGGCCUCAUGGCCUACUUAGGCACCAUCACCAAGACCUGCAACAGUAUGAACCAGUUCAUCAACAAGUUCAACGUCCUGUAUGACAGACAGGGGAUCGGCCGGAGGAUGAGAGGACUCUUCUUUUGAGCUGCCAGAAAGUCAACACACUGCAGUUUUUUUUCUUUUUUUUCCCCCUGUUUAUUUUUUGGGGUUUGUUUAUAUUUUGAUCCGCAAAAAUAAUAAAAAAAAAAAAAAACUAAAUAAAAAAACAAAAACUCUUAAGGCAACCGCUUUCAAACCAGUUUACCAUUUUCAACCAUAGAAAGAGCACUUACUGACACAAAUCAGCAAGAGAUGCAUACAAAACCUCUCCACUCUCUUAGUAUGCAGUGAAUCCACUGUUAUCUUCUUUUACCCACUUUGUUUUAUUGUUUCAUGUUUCUGUAUGUAAUAAAUGAUCUGCUGUUUUUCAA